AGAAAGGAUGUAAGAAUUGCGGCUAUUCAUUCUGUGUAAAAUGUCUGACCAGAAAGACUGCUGUACCAAAACUACAGGGUGAGGUCCAUCAUGUAUGUAACAAGUGCUUUGAUAUCCUGACAGGGCAAAGUUCUCACCACCAGAGAAUGGAAGCUCUAGAGCAAAGAGAUCAGGGACUACCACAAGAUGGGUCACAUGGUUCCAACAGGCCACCUAGUGGAGGAACAAAGACUGGGUCCAAAGACAUGUCAUCUAAGUACUUUGGAUUGAGACCAGAGGACAGGGAGUUGGUAGACAGGCUAGAGGCUUUGAAGGAAACUGGAAAACCAGCACAUAUUCCCAGUGAACAGGAGAUGGCAGUAAGACUCGCAGCCUUAAAGGGGGAAGAUCCAACUAGUUUUCAAACAGAAUCAGCAAAACAUAAGCCAUUCUAUGUACCUCCUAAUAGAAAGACUGAAACAGAAGAGAUGGAUGAUCUUUUAGAUGAGAUAUAUGACGAGGUAGAACUGGACUCAAAGUACCCCAAACCAGAAGAAGAUGUUGCUAACAGAUUGGCUGCCCUUAGAGGUGAACCUUCAAACAAAUCUGACCAAAAUAUGGAGAACAAUCUAGAUAAACCUACAAUUCAUCAAAAAAUGUUGGACAAAAAUAUAUCAACUGACAAAGGGUCAACAACUGAAUCUGGUGUGAGUCUCGACGAGAUGAAACGGCUCAUUGAACAAUCUGCCAAUGAGCUAGAGGUUGAUGCUCAAAGAGCUUUGAUUAAUCUCCAAAGGGAUAAAGAUCUCCAAGCCAAACUAUCAGAGCUGAAAAAAGAUUGGAAUAAAAAGACAAGUGAAGAUAGUAAUGUGGAUGAUGCUGCUGUUGUAGCAAGUAGUGGUGCUAAUGAUGAGAACAGUGAUAGUGAGAAUGAGGAGGAAGCAGCUAAAGCUAUUAUAAAAAGAGCUAUUGAAGAGAGCAGACUAGAUGCAGAAUAUGAGGCUAGUGGAGGUGCUAUAGGUGGGGAUCUUGAUGAUGACCUCUCAUUGCCAGAACCUCCUACAGAUCUUAGUGAGCCAACCAACUCAAAGGGCAGGCCUGUUAUUGUUUAUCAGCAGUCAGUAGAUGAGUUACCAUGGUGCUGUAUAUGUAACGAAGAUGCCACAAUACGUUGCCAUGACUGUGAUGAUGACUUGUACUGCAACAGGUGCUUCAAGGAAGGUCAUAGAAGAUUUGAGAUGGAUGAUCAUGAAUAUUCCAAAUAUAAAGAAAAAUAAUCUACAGCUGAUAUGUUAUGGAUAUACACUUUAUACACAUGUAUAAUCCUAUGUUAUGAUAUGUGAGAUACAGAAUAUGCAACAUUAUCAAGAGACUGGACAGGAUUUUGUGCAACAUUAUCAGUGGAAUCCUGUACAAACUUGAUCUUACAAAUAUGUAUUCUUUUUGGGUGCACUUAUAUAUGAGUUGCCUUCAAAGAUGGAACCAUCAUUGCAAUGUACUUAACAAGUACAGAGAGGAGUUUAAUGUUUAAAAAAAAGUUAUGACAAAUUCUUUUUAGUGCAAUAAUGCUGUUUGAAAAAAUAGAUCAUAUGGAUUGCAAUUAUAUUUUUGUUUGAAUAACUGAGAUAUAGCUUGUUGCAAGAGUUUAUUUUUUGACCACUCUGUA